GUUCAGGAUAGGAAUUUGUUUGAAUCCAAAAUGAAACUUUAUUGUGUUAUCCACUGUUCAAAACCAGACUUGGACAUUCCUGUGCUGUAGUGUGUUGUCCCUUUUUUUUCUGCUCAGCCUGCUAAUGUCUGAAACUUGAAGUGAAGAAACAUGUCUCAGUCAGGUGAAAAAGUAAAGUUUUCUGACUCGGCAGGCUAUGUGGGAUUUGCUAAUCUGCCCAACCAGGUUCACAGGAAAUCUGUGAAGAAGGGAUUUGAAUUCACACUCAUGGUGGUUGGUGAGUCUGGCUUAGGAAAAUCCACUUUAAUUAACAGUCUGUUCCUGACUGAUCUUUAUCCAGAACGUUAUAUUCCUGGAGCUGCAGAGAAAAUAGAGAGAACAGUUCAAAUCGAAGCUUCUACAGUAGAGAUAGAGGAGCGAGGGGUGAAGCUGCGUUUAACUGUAGUUGACACACCAGGAUAUGGAGAUGCCAUUAACAGCCAGGACUGCUUCAAAACAAUUAUUCACUACAUUGAUAACCAGUUUGAGCGAUACCUGCAUGAUGAAAGUGGUCUGAACAGGCGCCACAUCAUAGACAACAGAGUCCACUGCUGCUUCUACUUCAUCUCUCCUUUUGGGCAUGGACUGAAGCCAUUAGAUGUAGAGUUCAUGAAGGCUCUUCAUGGAAAAGUCAACAUUGUCCCUGUGAUUGCCAAGGCUGACACCCUGACGCUGAAGGAGAGGGAGAGGCUGAAGAGAAGAGUUCUGGAUGAAAUUUCUGAGCAUGGCAUUAGGAUUUAUCAGCUCCCUGAUGCAGAUUCUGAUGAAGAUGAGGAGUUUAAAGAGCAAACUAGAGUUUUAAAGGCUAGCAUUCCCUUUGCUGUUAUUGGAUCCAAUCAACUUAUUGAGGUGAAGGGGAAAAAAAUCAGAGGCCGCCUGUAUCCCUGGGGAGUUGUUGAAGUUGAAAAUCCAGAGCACAAUGAUUUCCUCAAGCUGCGCACAAUGCUGGUGACGCACAUGCAGGACCUGCAGGAGGUGACCCAAGACUUGCACUAUGAGAACUUCCGUUCUGAGAGGCUAAAACGCACUGGCAAGCCUGUUGAAGAGGAAGUGGUAGACAAGGAUAGAAUCCUCCAGCAGAAAGAGGCUGAGGCAGACAAGUAG